UUUACUGUUUGUAGCAACGAGAAGCGUCUUUCACUCAAACAUCAACAAAGUUGACAAGCCGUUUACAGUUUGGAUUAAAGUUUAAACUCUUGCAAUAUAGUUAUUGACACCGAUCUGGCAAAAUAGUUUUUGUAAGUACUGUUUACAUCCUUGACUUUAGUCUGUAUAUUAUUUCUAGCUUGCAAACCACCCAGAUUAAAAAGAUACAUACAGUGAUGCUAUACCGUGAUGAUCAGUGUUAAGUGUUCACUGGUAUGGGGAUUUAUCUGGAGCAGUUCAUAUUUUCAAGAUCAGUUUCAUGGCAGCAAUACCUAUAACUGAUUGCUCGUGCAUUUCACUGAUACCUGAGAUUCAGAAUUUUCACAUAUAAAUACUAAAAUUUGAGUUCAAAAUACUCUUUCGGCUCAUGUGAAAUUAAAGGUUCGUGUGAAAUUUAUCGUUCCAAUGUAGGUAGCAACGAACAUGUACAAUGUACUUGAUGUCCGGACUAUAUGGAAGAACUUUGCCGAUAUUUCGAACAAACGUUUAUUCCAGACAAAGGCUAAUUUCCUUUGAAUCACAUUGAUCGAAGUUUUUGUUAUAUUUAUCAGAGAGUAAUAGUUACUUUGAUCCUGUAAUGACUGUACUGACUGUAAUCUAGUAAUCUAUCAACUAAGUAGUCUAAGUCCACGUGUAGGUUUCUUCUCUGCUCGACUCCUGCCAAUUCAGACAACUGAUAAGACAACUGCAUAAACAGGAAGCAGGGAUGGAGCUCUGGUCAUCGGUAGGGCCAUGUGCUCCAACUGUUACCAACAGUAAAGUAUUGAAAGGCAAUGUUAAAAAAAACUGAACUUAGUUAAAAAAAAAACUGUUACCGACAGUAAAGUAUUGAAAGGCAAUGUUAAAAAACUAAACUUUGUUCCAUAAACUAACAAUCACCAGGAGUGGACUUCGGUACACUGGAGCAUAGUUUUAUAAUAUGUUGCCACCAGAUAUUAGAUCUUCCAGCUCAUUUCAAGCAUUCAAGAGUAAAAUCCAUGAAUUGUUUUUGGAGAUGUAUAAAAAUAACUCGUAAGAUGUACAGUGUAUGUUAAUUCUAAUUUGUUAUACAUAUACCGAUAUGUACUUUAUGUAAUUAUGUAUACUGUAGUCUGUAGAAAUGUAAAUUGUACUGCAUGUAAAUUAGCCUGCGAACAGGCUCUCAAGCUGAAUUGAGAGCCUGCAUCGAUGACUAAUGAAUUUGAAUAUCUGCCCCGUAACGUUCGUUUGUCCAAAUAUGGAAUGUCUAUCCUUAUAUGGUGUUGUUUACAACUUUAGUGCAAACUAAAUUUAGACCGUGGAAACUAAAUUUAGACCGUACAGUUUAUACUGUUUUCGAAAUAUAAGAUAUUCAAGCAAAAGUUCAAAUGUUUUAAAUACUGUUUUCUCAAAACAGAACAUUUCGUGCUUUGAGAUAAGAUGGCCAAGACCAAUUUGAUCAGUUAAUGUGUUUUUUUAUGCAUAGUGCUUGCAGUUGACAUAUAUAGAGCUCAGCGGAAACAUAUAAAUUAUAGCAUCUGACCAAUGAGAAUUUAGCGUCACGAUUUGAGACGCAGAGAUUCAAAUUCAUUAGUCAUCGAUGCAGGCUCUCAAUUCAGCUUGAGAGCCUGUUCGCAGGCUACAUGUAAAUAUAUUCGAUUAUAUAGUUAAUAGUUUAGAAGGUCCAGUGGAAGAUUAGCGAAAGCUAAAACUAGCAUAUUUCCUUGUAAAUUAACCUUCUUUCAAUAAAGUUUUAAUAACAAUAAUAAAUAUUAUUUCUGCUAAAUAGGUUUGCACCAACAGGAAACAGAAUUACGACUCCAUCUUAAAAUGAAAGGAAUAAUCUUCUCCACUCACUCGCAGUACAAACCAAUAUGCACGAAGAUCGCCGCCGCUUUGCCUUCCACCCUGUAUGACGUCAUUAUCAUUGACGAGAACUCUCCCCAGGCUCUGGCUGAACGCGAGGAAGCAGUCCGCUGGUGUGCUAUGUUCGUGAUCGUGGGCUCAGUGAGAUACCAGCGCGAUGCGUAUUGCCUGGAGCUGGCAAACUAUGCGAAAACAAUCCGAAAGCCGAUUAUAACAAUUUUAGCACAAAAUAAAUACAAACCGUCAGGAGCUAUCGGUGCCAUUGCUGUGGCUGGAUCGACUGGCAUAGAUUUUACGAAAGAUUUUCAAAACUCCAUCGAAAUCUUGAAACAAGAGCUGGAAUCUAAAGCGUGGAGCACCGAUUUAUCCAAACCAGUUAUCACCGAUUCGAGUUCAGCAACGACCGUACCCAAACCGUUAAAAACAUCUGCCGGAGUGUUAAUUUCGUACCAAAAAGACGCUUCGCACGUCACAGAAAUGGUUAAGUCGGUUCUAGGGUCAGCGGCAUCCCUCAUCGAUCCCACCCUGACAUCGGACCACGAUCAGAAAAUCUCGGGUUGUCAGGUUUUUGUCGCGGUGCUAUCGCCUGAGUAUCAGUCCUCGGCCGCGAGUCAGAAAAGUUAUGAAACGGCAAGGCUAUACCGCAAGAAAAUUAUUCCUGUCAUAGGAGCAGCUAAGUACCAGCCCUCUGGUUGGCUGGCGCUCGCAAUAGCGGGAAAGCUAUAUUAUGCAAUGCCUGACCGUGACUCUGCAUACAAGAAAUUUUACGACAGUUCACUGAUCAAUGAUUUUCGCUACGCCGUCGAAGCCUUGUUGCAGCCACACGCCAGCGAGGAAGAAAGAGAAGCGAAGGAAAUUGAAGCUUUGGACAAACAGCUUGAAGACUGCAAGAAGAAACUACCCAGUUGGCCGCCAAAGCCCAGACCACAAGAUGCCAAAGUUGACGAAGUCGAAAGCGCAGUAAAAGACCUGAAUGUUGAAGCUAAGAAGGAUUUGGUAUUCAAUUACAUACACCAUGAGGUGACUCGGAUGUCCUUCGUGCCGCCGAAGCCUUUGUUCGACGCCCGAGGUAGGUAUACCGAUGUAUGUAUUUGUGCAAAACAGUUUAAUAACGUCAGUUGAUAUGAUCGUUUUAUCAUCUCUAGGUGUUCCCCUACGACGCAAGUUUGACGCAAUGUGUUCUUACCAAUGGUCCAUACAGACCUUCGUGCGUGACUUCUACAUGGAUCUGCACAUGCGCAGUUUAGAGGUAUGGAUGGAUAUAUGGGGUGGGAUGCAAGGAAACAUCAACGAAGCCAUGGCGAACGCUGUCGAGUGCUCUACGACCGUCAUUUGUUUCCUCACGGCGAAAUAUCAACAGUCAGUGAACUGCUGUUUGGAAUUGAAGUAUGCCCUCUCCAAAGGAAAGCCCGUCAUAUUUAUAAAAGUUGAACCUAAGCUCUCGCUGUUGCCAUGGAUAUCUGAAGUGGUCGCUCGCUCCAAGGUAAUUUGGCCCAAACAUUUUAGUACUCGAUUCAUGUUGCCGUUUACAAACGUUGAGAGACAAAUUUUGAGCCGUUCCGGAAACUUUGAAUCCGGAAAAAAGUGGAAACUUUCUACCUGGAAACAAUUGAAUCUGAAAUUUUCAACUCUGUCCGUUACAGGUUACAAAAGUUGAAAGUAUUUUUGUUCUUAUUUCAAUAGGUUUACGAGAUGAGUUCAAUUUCAGACGCGGGAAAAAAGGAUGACGGCAUUCCUCGAAUUAAUCGCAUUUCCGAGUUGAUUCGCGCGUACUCUUCGCGCGCUCCCGCGAAAGUUCUCGAAGAUGACGUCACGGAGGAAGUCCACACGAGACGCGAGAUGCUCGAAGAUGCGUUGUAUUGGAUUUACCAGAACCAAGGAACCGCGCGGUUUAUAAAGUGUGGGAGGUGCGGGGCUGAGUUUGAUGAUAAUUCACAGGACGGGUGUAAAGUGCACGAUGCCUAUUUCAUGGGGGGAACUAUCCUCGCGGGACGGUGGGUAUGUUGUCAGCAAAGGUCUAAAGAUUCCCCCGGGUGUAAGAAAACCAAGCAUACCACAACUGUUUUAAAGUGGAAAGAGAUUCCUGGCCAUGGUGGUUGUUUCAAGUGGCAGUAGAUUAUGUUCAUUGUUAGUAGACAUGUUUGUCCAAUUUCCACUGAUUCACUGCAUAUCAUGAAGCAAACAAGAUGACUUUUUGAUAUUGUUAAUAUUAGUCUUAUCAGUAAAGUCAUUUUACCAGAUAGUAUAAAGUAUAGUUAGUGUUAAGUAGACUGUAAUUU